GUUAUCCGCAUAACUAAAGAAGAAGAAACUUGAAUUGAUAUGAGGAAAUAAGUAGUAGCGCCACGGAAGGUGUCGGGGCAAGUUCUUAUACUUAAUCGCAAAUAUUUGGUCUGUAUUUCAAUUAUGUGUGCGAAAUAAGCAACAAACAAGCUGUUUUAUAAUACUGUUGCAAAGUAAAUAUGUUGAUUUUAAAAAGUCUGCCUUUCGCCCGAGGUAUUUCUGUUGGGAUGCUUCAAAACACCUCCCUCCCCUUCGGCUUUUUCAUCGCCUGUCACCGUUCAAACACCCGCAAAGGUGCGAGUCUGUAUAACUCAGUGGACCGUGAGCGCUACUCGUCUCUUGUAAAGUCUGUCAUGUCUUCGAGAGUUAGUUCUCAAACGCCCGACACCAUUCAAGCUGAGGAUGAGCACAUGUUUGGACCAGUUGUCAAAGCUCAUACUCAGUCAAAACAAGAGACGAUGUCCCCCAAAGUCAUGCAUCCCUUUUUACAUCGCGAGGAAACAGAGGAGCCCGAGUCAAAACCUCCAGUCCGGAUUGUAUUCAACCGGGAGCAAAAUCGGUCGUCUAUACCGAGUGUGACCAGAAUUCUUCAGGCAACACUUUCACCAGAGCAGCACUUCUAUUUGGAGAGAUGGAAGAGGAAGAUGAUUGCAGAACUGGGGGAGGAAGGCUUCAAAGAAUACACAAUGAAUUUGUUUAGACAAGGGAAACUUUUCCAUUCAGCCUUGGAGGAAGUUCUCAUGUCAGGGGUAACAAGACAAGACGAAGAACAUGAACCGCAUCCACCUGAAGUGAUCGGAUGCUUGAAGAGCAUCGCUUACAUUCUGGAAGAUGUCAGCGCUGUAAAAGUAAUAGAGAGCAGUGUGCAGCAUGACACUCUCAAUUACUUGGGCAUCGUGGACUGUGUGGCCCGCUACAGAGGUGUUCUGUGUGCUAUUGACUGGAAGACUUCAGAAAAACCUAAACCAUUCCUGAGCAACACGUAUGACAACCCUAUCCAGGUAGCGGCCUACGCUGGGGCUUUGAACAGUGAUGGCAGAUACAAAUACCAGGUGGAGAACGGCCUUAUUGUUGUAGCUUACAAGGAUGGCUCACCUGGCCAUGCUCACCAACUAAACCAAGAGCUGAUGUUAGAGUAUUGGGAAAAGUGGCUGAUUCGCUUAGAAAAAUUCAGAGAACAUAGAUCCAGUGAAAGGUGAUAUAUUUUUGUUUGUCAUUAGAAUAUCUGGAGAAAACCCACGGAAGGACAAGGAGAAUUCCGCACCAGAUUUCAAGAACAGUAAUGUUGGAAUAGUCUCGUGAAAAUUGCUGCGCAUACAAAUGGGACCUUAAAAUAUACUUGACACAGAACAGUUGGGAAGAACAUCACUCACUGUCUUCUCAAUAAAUGCAAAUCAGGAUAGGAAAUAAUGUUGUCAUUGUCAUUCACAUUCAGUGAGCCACAAGAGGCUGGUUAAAAGAUUUAUGCACAGUUUUUGUAUACAGAUAGUUAAGGUAUUUUAACAUUGGUCAAGAACAGUUAUAAACUCUGCAUACAUACAGGCAAUAGGAUACAAUAUUUCUUGAUAUGAAGAGCUGAAAUAUUUUUGAUUGUUUUUUUUACAUUGUCUGUGGUUAAACAGUAAAAGUAUAACUUGUAACUUAAGCAGUCAGGUAAGCAGGUCAUGUAAGAUCAUUGUUUCUGAAAUGUCUUUGUUUUCAAAUCAAAUAGCCAAGCAGGUGAGUUAGCCCAUCUCACGAAGCAGCUUAUCAGAAAUAAAUCAUAUAAAUGCCACAGGUUCAUUGCGUACAAGCAAGUGAAAUCACAAGUUUUGUUUAUCUGAUCAUAUGAAAGUUGCUUGUUAAAAUCAUGCGUCAAACCUAGCCCAUAUGUCUCUGUAAGAGGGAUCCUCGAUGAAACCCAGGCUUUUAACUAGCUUAAAUGGGACUGUGUUGUUUUCCUCUACAUAGCAGAACACUGGGUGGCCCUCAGCAAGGAGUCUCUGGGCCAUAGUGUAGAGCAGGACAGAGGCGUAGCCUUUUCGUCUGUGCUCAGGUGCAGUAUACAACAUGCCCAUUGCCAUGUAUUCGUGCAAAAGCAGCCACGAUACAGGCUGAGCCUGGUCAUCAGUGAUGCAAUAAGAAGGGAAGUUGCUGAUUUGUCGUACAAUCUUCUUGUAGCCUAUUUCACCCCCGCCAAAUUUCCAGGUUUGAUUCACCAGAUGAGCAUGAGAAAGAUCGAGGGAUGAAAUCCUUGAUUUAAUAUCACUGUUAACAAAAAAAGGGAAACCAUUAAAAAGUGACUGUAAAACAAAUGCAUCAAUGCAGGGCUUUAAGUAGAAAUAGUUUAGAGACUUUUUUUACGUUAUUUUGUUUCAUACCAGAUUCAUAUGAAGAAGUAUUAUUCCCAUACUGCAAAAAGAAUAUUAAAUUACAAGAAAAAGUUUUAACCUGUCAAAAGCUGGUGUGACCAGAUGGCUACUAUCCGGUAAAUAAAAAAGAUGUGCACAAGCCAGAAGUUCGUAGUUGACUCGUCUCUGUGUGAAAACCUCUUUGACCAUGGAGGUGUGAGAACUUUCAAAGCCUGCAAUGAAUAUGCACAGAAUAAUUUUCAUCCAAUGGUAAAAAAAAACGUGUAAUGACAACACACUGCAAAAAAACACAACUUAUUGGGGCUAAAACAGUUAACAUUUAAAUUGAAACAACCUUUAAACAUAUUAGCUCAACAAAGCAAUCAAUUUAUUUACUCCAAAAGAAAUUAUCGAGUUGUCUUUACGCAUAUCUUUCAGUUUGAGGACAAUGCAAGAGAAUUAGUUCAGUAAACAUUUCUUAAAAUAUUUUAUUUCUUUUUUCUAAGUUUCUUGUCUUGAAUGUUUGAGUUCACGCAACUUUUUUAAAUUUGUUGACUUUUAGCGGACUUUUAAAAAUAGAAAUGUGGUGUGUCAGUUUCAAUAAGGCAACAUAUGCAAAUUCUAUUAAAUUACCUCCAAUAAUAACAUAAUUGCUCCAGUCGAUUAAAUCCUCUUCUAAUAACAUUUUCCUCAAUACCUUCUCAUCUGAGGUGUAGAACAUUAACCUUUUUCCCCAGUCUGAGGCUUGUUUGUUCUGUGACACAAAAACAAAAUGUUAAGGUGUAGGCAAAGAAAACUACCAAAUCUCUAAAUCGGUUUACAAACUCACGUGCGGGUCAGGACGACAAAGAAUGACCUUAAAAUCGGGCCAAGUAUCAACAAUGAACUGUAUGCAAGUUGGGUUUCUGUUACAAGCAUGUAAGAGUCCAUAGACCUACAAAGACAGUAAAGGCUCAGCACAAGUUUACUGUUUACUUUACUUUGUAAACGUUACACCCAAAAAAUAUUUGAGUUACUUCAACUCAAGAUUUAAGAUUUUAUGAGAAGGUUAAAAAGGUUGCAGGUCUACCUGAUAACUCUUGGGUAAGUGUUUCAGCAGAACAGUCUCAGCAGUCAUUUGCUCAUCUCUUUGGAGGACCUUCAUAUUUGCUUGCUUGACUCCAAUGUGUUUUUUAAAGCAAGCUUUACUGCGCUUUCCUCC